UAACAUAAGCAGCGGGUAUCUCCGUCUCGCCGACACAACCGUACCUGCGAACCGGAAUUAUAAGGUUAAGGUUGGGUCUGCUCCAACUAAAUUUCAAUUCUCAAAUAUCAAACGGUCAGUUUUUGAGAAACUAGAGCACAACAAAAACCACAUGCUUCGGUCUCGGAAAUCUCUUUCCGGAUUCAUCUCCAUACAAUGUUCUAUGCUUCGGUCUCGGAAAUCUCUUUCCGGCUUCAUCUCCAUACAAUGUUCUAUUUUCUGGCAACGGCGCUCAGCGUCUGGUCGUCGUUGCUAUCCCAGAAGCGACAAUGACGACGACAAGGCUCGGAAAAGAGAGGAGAAUGAAGAUGGGAAAUUGUAUCUAUACAAGAGCUGGGGUCAACAUAUCCUCACCAACCCACGAAUCCUGGGUUCCAUUGUUAGGAAAUCUGAAAUAAGACCGUUCGAUACAGUCCUUGAGAUCGGACCCGGUACCGGAAAUCUGACUCUGAAGCUUCUAGAAGCUGCUAAAAAGGUUGUGGCCAUUGAAAUCGACAAUCGGAUGGUAGAGAUCCUUGAAAACAGGGUAUUAGAGCGUGGGUUUCAAGAUCGAUUAACGGUUAUACGUAAAGAUGCUCUGAAGGCAGAGUUUCCUCAAUUUGACAUUGUUGUCGCGAACAUCCCGUACGGUAUAUCUUCGCCUCUCGUGGCUAAGUUGGUAUACGGGUCGAACUCAUUUCGGAGCGCCACGCUGCUUCUUCAGAAAGAAUUUGCAAGGCGGUUGUUGGCUAGUCCCGGCGAUUCGGAGUUCAAUCGCUUGGCUGUAAACGUGAAGCUGGUGGCUGAUGUUGAGUUGGUUAUGGAUGUAAGCAAGAGGGAUUUUCUUCCUUGUCCAAAAGUGGACUCGUCCGUUGUCAUGAUCCGUCCAAAAGCUGACAUUCCGGAUGUCAAUCUGGAUGAAUGGUGGGCUUUCACAAGAGCUUGUUUCAGCAAGAAGAACAGGACACUAGGGGCAACUUUUAAGCAGAAGAAGAAGGUGAUGGAGCUAUGGCAACUGUCCAAAAUGAUAGACCCAUACAUUGUCGGUGGCGACGAGAGCUAUAAGUGCACCAACUAUGAGGAAGAUGAAGGAGUGGAGGAAAAUAUUUAUGAAGAAGAAGUACGUUGUUCAUCUACAUUUUCUGGCUCGCAAAUGAGGUUGAACUCUUUCAAGGAAAAGAUUAUAGGGGUUCUAAAAUCUGGUUGUUUUGAAGACAAAAGGCCCUCAAAGCUGUCUAAUGAGGAGUUACUGCGUUUAUUAGCUCUGUUUAAUCAAGCUGGAAUUUAUUUUCAUGAUAAGUUAAAGAGUAGGAAUUUAGAAAUUGAACAAUUGGAUGUGGCUUAUACUUGAUAGAAAUAAACUUAUAAAUCUUCUCUAAC